ACAGCCAGCCUUCCAAACCAAACUACCCUAACCUCAAAGUUGCACAAAUUGUUUUCUAUAUUUUCUUGAAAGAAAUCAAUCUUAUUUUAUUGUUUCUUUUUGUAUUAGAGAAAUAACUUUAAUUAAAGUGAAAUGGCCGGCUAUGAAAUACGUCCCUCGAGCAGUAAGAAAGGGAAAGGCUUGUUUGCAACAAAGCAGUACAAUCAGGGAGACGUUAUUUUGGAGGAAGAUCCCUUGGUUUCAUGUCAAUUCGCUUGGAAUGCUGCAUAUAGAUAUUUAGCUUGUGAUCAUUGCAUGAGACCAUUAGAAACACCCGAACAAAAUGUAAGACGCCUAUCAUGCAAACCAGACAUAGUACUUCCACAUUCUAACUGCUAUGAGACAAACUUGGAGAAUGUAACAACAUGCGACCAGUGUGGAGUAUUGUAUUGCUGUGAGAGCUGCAAACAGCAGGCCUAUGUGACAUACCACAGGUUACUGUGUCAUGAUAUUAGCGAUGUGCAGCAUCCGGUUAUGGUGCUUUUGGAGGCUUGGAAACAAAUGCACUACCCACCAGAAACAACAAGCAUAAUGCUACUGGUCAGGAUACUGGCCUUCAUAGAACAAAGUUCGGAUCCGGCUGCAGCAGCUGCUAAAAUCAAGCAGUUCUGUCAUAGAACUGUGAAUGAAGAUGCGGAGUUAGUUCACAAGCUGCUCGGUGAACAGUUCUCAGACCAGCUUGGCACAUUGAGGGAACUGACAAGCAAUGUCAUCAGUGGAGACCAUGCCCAAGAGUUCCUAACUCCAGAAGGCUUCUGUUCGCUAAUGGCUCUGAUCGGCACCAAUGGGCAAGGCAUCGGCACAAGUCCGCUGGCCAUGUGGGUAAACAAUGUACUCGAGCUGACCAUGUCUGACGACGAGAGGCAGCAACUGGAUCUGUUUAUUGAUAAACUGUACCAGUAUGUUGAGGAAGAAUCGGGCACAUUUCUGAACACCGAAGGUUCUGGUCUGUACCAGCUCCAAAGCGCCAGCAACCACAGCUGCGAACCGAACGCAGAGUCCUCAUUCCCGUACGGCAACCAUCGCAUACAACUGAAGGCCUUGAAACCCAUCAUGCCCGGAGAGGAAAUAUGUAUUAGCUAUUUGGAUGAGUGCGCCCUUCAAAGGUCCAGACAUUCGAGGCAAAAGGAACUGGCCCAAAACUAUCUGUUUGUCUGCUGGUGCGAUCGCUGCAACUCCCAAGCGUCUCAACCUGACUGCACCAGCGAAGAGGACAUGAGCGAUGUAGAAGUGGAUGCGGACGACUGAUGUUCCAACUUGCUGGCUUUCUGCCUGCUCGGGAUAUAGCGGGCGAAGCCACGAGCGGUUUGGAAUUUCGAGUGUGAAGACAUACUGGAUUUAUUGCAAGGAAAAUGUCUAUAUAUUUAGAUUUGUUUAUUAAGGUAAAAGACGAAAUGUUUUCUAUACAUAAUAUUUCUGGAAAAUAUUGAGGGUCGAUAAAGCCUCUUCGUUUCACAGUAAAAAUUUGGUAAGUUCAUUUGUCACACACGGCGUUUGGGAAACAAUUGUACAUAAACAAAUCAGUAGUAUAUUUCUAAAAUUUGACAGUUUAAAGCACUUGUAUAUUCUGUUGACAAAAUAUAUAUAAGCUAAUAAUUUUAAAUAAAAUACAUUUUGGUGAUAUUUAUUUUUUGGCGCAAUUGUAUUUUAUAUAAGUAAAUUAGUGUGUAUUACGUAAGUGUAUUACACAAAGCAACCAAAUGUAUUUACCUUGCAUUCAGAAGCUAAGCUGUUAAGUUUAAUAAUAUCGUUAGUUUGUUAUGAAAAAAAAAAUCUUAAAAUUAAAGACACGACAUUCACAAUUUUAAUUAAAAAUGUGAAUAUAUGAGAUUUUAAGUUUAAUAUUAUUAAGGUAUCCAUAUAUAAUAUUGUUAGUAGAAAUGGUAGAUUCGAUGAUUGUAAUAGCAAUAAUGUGUUAUAUGUAAGUGGUUCCGUACAUGGCCUAAUUGAAAGUAUUAUCAAUUUAUCGAAUGGUUUCUUAGAUCUCUUAGAAUCACUUCUAGGACCAAUUUAUAGUAAAGAUUUAGCAACAUUCAACUGUUAGAUUUAGUGGUAGCAGUCAAGUGUGUCUACUUACUAUAUGAAUAUGAUAAAGAAAUAGUUUAUUCUAUGUUUAUACAAAGUAAAGAAGAAAUGACAGAAAAAAAAAUAAA